AUCGCUGAAAUGCUGUGUUUUGGUCAUCAAUAGCUGUAAGAAAAGAUUUAAACGACCUAUUCGGUGGUGUCAGAAAGGCCUCGACUCUUGUCAUUUAGGCAGAGGAUGUGUUGAUUUUUUUUUUGUUCGGGGUGCAGCAGUGAGACAGCAUCUUUGCCGGGUGACACAUCAUUAUCAGCACGAGUGGACAAGCCCUGUAGGACAUCAUGUCGGAUAAAAGUGACCUAAAAGCAGAGCUGGAGCGCAAGAAGCAGCGCCUCGCCCAAAUCAGGCAGGAAAAAAAGAUUAAGGAGGAGGAGAGGAAGAAGAAAGAGGUAAGGAAAAAAUCAGAGAUCCAGCAGAAGAGAGAGUCCAUCCCAGAGGAUUCAGACCUGGACCGUAAGCGCCGCGAGACUGAGGCCCUGCUCCAGAGUAUCGGCAUCUCACCUGAGCCUUCACUAGUCCCGACCCCUCUGUCCCCCUCCAAAUCACUGAGUACCCCCAGUGAGACGGGAAGCCAGGAUUCAACUGAUGGAGGAGCAGUGGGCAGGUCAGGUUUCUCUAAAAACAAGUCCCAAGCACAGACUUCAAGGACGCUGCAGUGGGACACAGACCCGUCUGUGCUGCAGCUGCAGGCUGAUUCUGAGCUCGGGCGCAGGAUGCAGAGACUGGGAGCCUCUAAGAUCACACAGGUAGACUUCCUUCCCAAAGAGAUGGUCGCUUACUGCAAGGAGACACAAACGCCUCUCAACUCCCACCUGUCUGAAGUAGAGGAGGAAGAGGAAGAUGAGGAGAUGAUGGAGGCGAAGCCAGGCCCCGAGUCGGAGCAACAGGAUGAAGAUGACAACAGAGAAAACAAAGAAGGCUCCUUUCCAGUUCUGAGAGAGCUGACGGAGGAGGAGAGGCAGCAGAUCCUGCACUCUUCAGACUUUCAGAGUUUCUUCGACUGCAGCAUCCGGGUGAUGGAGAGAGCUCUGGCCGAAGACGGAAACAUCUUCUUCGACUACAGCGGCCGGGACCUGGAGGACAAGGAGGGAGACUUGGGUAGCGGCUCCAGUCUGUCCUUCAGCCGAGUUUUCUACGAUGAACACUGGUCCAAACAUCGCGUGAUCACCUGCCUCGACUGGUCCCCUCAGUAUCCAGAGCUGCUGGUUGCCUCUUACAACAAUAAUGAGGAUGCUCCUCAUGAACCGGAUGGUGUUGCUUUAGUAUGGAACAUGAAAUUUAAGAAGGCCACACCUGAGUACAUCUAUCACUGUCAGUCUCCUGUAGUAUCUGUGGGCUUUGCCAAGUUUCAUCCCAACCUGGUGGUGGGGGGGACUUACUCGGGACAGAUCGUCCUGUGGGACAACCGCAGUCACCGCCGGACCCCCGUCCAGAGGACCCCUCUGUCUGCUGCUGCUCACACUCACCCAGUGUACUGCGUGAACGUGGUCGGUACCCAAAAUGCCAACAACCUGAUCACUGUGUCUACAGACGGCAGGAUGUGCUCCUGGAGUCUGGAUAUGCUCUCCCAGCCACAGGAGACCAUGGAACUGGUGUACAAUAAAUCCAAACCUGUGGCGGUGACAGGCAUGGCGUUCCCCACGGGAGACGUUAACAACUAUGUGGUCGGGAGUGAGGAGGGCACUGUGUACACUGCAUCCAGGCAUGGCAGCAAAGCGGGGAUCUGUGAGAUGUUCGAGGGCCACCAGGGGCCGGUGACGGGCGUCAGCUGCCACAGCGCAGUGGGCACCGUCGACUUCUCACAUCUCUUCAUCACAUCCUCCUUCGACUGGACCGUCAAACUCUGGAGCACCAAGCACAACAAGCCUUUGUACUCGUUUGAGGACAACGCCGACUAUGUGUACGACGUCAUGUGGUCGCCCGUGCACCCCGCCGUGUUCGCCGCCGUGGAUGGCAUGGGCCGCUUGGACCUGUGGAACCUCAACAACGACACUGAGGUCCCCACUGCCAGUGUGACCAUUGAGGGCGCUUCAGCCCUGAACAGAGUGCGCUGGUCGUCGGGGGGGAAGGAGGUGGCUGUGGGCGACUCAGAGGGCAGGGUCUGGAUCUAUGAUACUGGAGAGCUGUCAGUGACUCACACCGAUGAUUGGUCGCGCUUCGCUCGGACGCUGAUGGAGAUCCGUGCCAACCGGGCGGACGGCGAGGAGGAGGGGCCUAUGGAGCUGGAUUCAUAGAGCAGGCCUCCAGACCAAUGAGGGUGGAUCAGAGAGCAGAGGGUGCACUACGGAGCCAGAUGAUUGGGUUAGAGAGGUGUGUGUGGCCUUUUACCAUUUAACCUGGCUAAGCUCGCCAUGGUAUUUUAACCUCUUCCAGAGCAGGUUGUGCUUUGGAUUGAAAUCCAUCAUAAAAAUCACCACCAUUUCCCUUAUCAACUGCUUAUAAAAUAGCCGUACCAUUCUUGCCAAAUUCUGUAAACCUAGGUGCCAGAAUUUGGAGGGAUUGUUUUUAGACAUGCUGGCUUUUCCUACAGAUAUUCUCUAUGAGCGAUAUAUAGAAUCUCAGCAAGGGAAUACAUUAUAAAUGUAAAUGUGUUGGGCCGUCUAUAGGAAUUCCACUGAACUGAGCUUAGAAAUUAUCGUGGAAGCUACAUGUAUUGUUGGUAUACAGUUAGUGAUGCGGAAAAUCAGAGCUAUAAUACUGUGUAUGAAAUUCUGCUUGGUUGUAGUGAUCCCUGGAAAACUUAAAUAAGCCUCCUUUAAAGCUGAAGGUAGCAUACAUUUUUACUUAACUUAAAUAUGAAUCAAUAUGAUGUUUACUUGCAUAUGAAUGCAGUAUAAUUCUUCAUAGAAUACCUAUGUGUGGUAAAUUGCACCCACACACCCGUCACUCAAGCUUUCAAUAGUGUGGUCUGGUAAAGCUGCCCCCUAAAGUCUUUCAGAAAUGGUUUAGUUUAUUAGUAGUUAACUUUCAAUCAAUAAAAGUCAUUCAAAUUGGACAAAAACGUCCAAAUAUUAUACUUGAGUAUAAGGUCAGUUGCAUCCCGUUUUAUAGCUUGUUCAGUUGUCCCCAUUCGCAUUAAGAGUGCAAUGAGUGGUAAAAAUGAAUAUAUUAAUUUACAAAUUCACACAAUUAGGGUAUUCUGCCAUCAUUGCGCUUUUGCCUUAUUUGCAGAUUAUGAGCAAAUCUUUUUGUCACAAAUCUUCUCCCUAACUUACCAUUACCAUGACCUGCUCCUCUUCACUAAGGUAGGCAGCAGGAGAAGAUCCCCUCUGUGUGGAUAUAGGACUCAAAUGAAGCACUAAACAUCCGGCUGUAUAGGAACGCUCACAGAACCUGAUGAAGAAAACCUGGGUUAACAAAGACUGUUGAUAACCAUCUUUUCUGAGUAGGGUUUUGUUGAGCCAGCUAACGUAAAGAAAGCCUGGUUCUCUCAAAGGUACUUCGUAGUGCCGCCUCUGUGAGCUUUAUCGGUGUCACUGUAGCAUGUGGUGUGUCUCAAUCAGUUGUUUUAUUUACAGUAUGUACAUGUUGCUGUUUGGUCCGAACAAGGCCGCUGUUUCCUUCAUGGAUUUCUUGCAUUUUAAAUGGUUUAACUGUUGACCUCUUCUACUUGUCCGCCCUUAUUUAUUUCCUUACUGACUUAAGGUGAUUUGUUGCUUGCACCCUGUGAGCCUACAGUAUAAACAGUGGCAGUCUUAUAGCCUUAAGAUAAGUGUACUGUGACAAAGCUUUGCACUACUGUAAAAUCAAAGCAGGGUCCAUGUAUUGUUUACAAAAUAUCACGUUUACUUUUACGUUGUGUUGAUUUCUCUGUAUAACGCCUGCAUGCGACACAUUCCUGAAAUAUUCCGGAAGCAUAAACAUGGAGUUGCCAUGGUGACGUUUCCACACGUGGUUGCUUUGCGUCAGAAACUGAGUCACGUCUGGUAUCGGCACUUUGUUCCCAAGCAACAGCUGUAUAUUCUUUAAUGAACUGUUAAUUAUCAAGAGGUAUAUUGUAAUGCAGUGUGCUGGCUGUUCAAACAUGUUAUGUUUACUAUUAAAGCUGAUGUACUGUU